AUGGCGAAAACGUUUGCUCCUGUUACGCCCGUCGCUUGCAAUCACGUGGAGCCCAGGUCCGCCGUGAAGUCUCCAUCUGCUUCUUCUGCCGUCAACAAUGUUUCCAUGUGCAUCAGCGAUGUCACACCGGCCAGCUUCAAGAUUCUGAAGCAAAAGCCGACAUCUAUGCCUGCCACGGCCACGGCCACGGCCACGGCCACAGCCACAGCCACAACGGCCACUGUUGCUGCCAUGCCUCCGCUCACCGACGGCGUCCGCGUCGUUACGGCUGCGGAGUACAAGCAGGCGGCACUGUGUUUGGCAGAGGCGUUUGCCGAAGAUGAAGUAGCCAUGUAUUUUAUCGAUGUGCCAGAUCGUGAGCAUUGGACUAAAGAACAGAAGUGGGCGCUGCAUGUUGAAAUCAUGGAAUAUGUCACUUAUGCUCAUAUCCUCAAGGGACUCGUGACUACGGUCGGAGACUUUGAGGCCGUAGCACUAUGGAUGCCCCCAGGCCAACACACCGACUCCCCCCUCACCCUCCUCCGCUCCGGCCUCUGGCGCCUCCACUACCGCCUCUCCCCCGAAUCUCACACCCGCUUCUUCACCGAAUUCCUACCCCUCCUGCACACCACCAUGACGCUCGUCCUCGGUCCCCGCCUACCCCAAACCUGGUACCUCGUCUACCUGGGCACGCGACCGGGCGCGCGCGGCCGCGGCCACGCCCGCACCCUCGUCGAGCAUGUCACGCGUGUUGCGGACCGCGACGGCCGGCCCUGCUAUCUCGAGUCGAGUAAUCGGCGGAAUCCGCCGCUGUAUCGUAAGUUUGGGUUUGUGGAGAGGAGGGUGGUGGUGUUGCAGCGGGGGAGUAGGAAUUUGGAGCUUGAUGUCAUGGUUAGAGAGCCUGUUGGGGGUGGGGGAGAGAAGGCGUAG